AAUAAAAUGGUCACAGGCCCAGACAUGGGCUUUGCCAGGCUUGCACAUGCAAAGCUUUCCAGCGUGCUGCUGCUGAGUGUGGUAUCCUGUUCUGCUGCUGCUCAUGGGGCUGAGCCCAGCCUGGGCAAGAGGUCCUUGCUUCACUAUGAACAUGAGUCCAGUGGUGCUGUUGACUCUUCUGAAGAUAUGAGGUUACAUGUUUUCACACUGGACUAUGACUACGUGCAAAUUCCCUAUGAAGUUACCCUUUGGAUCCUCCUUGCCUCUUUUGCAAAAAUAGGUUUCCACAUCUUUCACCGAUUACCAAAACUUAUGCCUGAAAGCUGCAUCCUGAUUGCCAUCGGAGCACUGGUAGGAGCAAUCAUCUUUGCUUCCCAUCACAAAUCUCCACCAGUGAUGGACAGUAGUAUUUACUUCUUGUAUCUCCUCCCACCCAUUAUUCUGGAGGAGGGUUAUUUCAUGCCAACUCGACCAUUUUUUGAAAACUUUGGAUCCAUUCUGUGGUGGUCUGUUCUGGGAGCUCUGCUAAGCUCAUUUGGGAUUGGCCUCUCACUCUAUGGAGUCUGCCAGAUUGAAGCCUUUGGCCUGAGUGACCUGAGCCUGCUGCAGAACUUGCUUUUUGGCAGCAUGAUUUCAGCAGUGGACCCCGUGGCAGCUCUGGUGGUUUUUGAAGAAGCCUCCGUUAAUGAGCAGCUUUACAUGAUGAUCUUUGGAGAGUCACUGCUAAAUGAUGGCAUAACUGUGGUUUUAUACAACAUCUUCAUUGCCUUCACCCAGAUGCACAGGUAUGAAGAAAUUGAGUCCAUCGAUGUCUUUGCUGGCUUUGCUCGCUUCUUCGUGGUGGGGCUGGGUGGAGUCUUGUUUGGCAUCGUGUUUGGAUUUGUCUCAGCAUUCAUGACUCGUUUCACCCGCAACGUCUCUUCCAUCGAACCCCUGCUGGUCUUCAUGUUCAGCUACCUCUCAUACUUGUCUGCUGAAACCCUUUACAUCUCUGGCAUUUUGGCGAUGACAGCAUGUGCAGUGACAAUGAAAAAAUACGUGGAGGAGAAUGUUUCCCAGAAUUCUUACACCACAAUAAAGUAUUUCAUGAAGAUGCUAAGCAGCAUCAGUGAGACCCUGAUUUUUGUGUUCAUGGGAGUGUCUACAGUGGGGAAGAACCAUGAAUGGAACUGGGCCUUCAUUUGCUUCACUCUGUUCUUCUGCCUCACUUGGCGGACACUGAGUGUGUUUGCUCUCUUCUAUGUCAGUAACAAGUUCCGAACAUAUCCCUUCACCUUCAAAGACCAACUCAUCAUUUCUUACAGUGGCCUCCGAGGAGCCAGCAGCUUUUCUCUUGCAUUCUUGCUUCCAGUGAAUCUUUUCCCCAGAAAAAACCUAUUCAUCACUGCAACCAUUGUGGUUAUAUAUUUCACUGUGUUCAUCCAAGGAAUCACAAUUGGACCUUUGGUCAGAUAUCUGGAUGUUAAAAAGACAAACAAAAAGGAAUCUAUCAAUGAAGAAAUUCAUGUACGAUUGAUGGAUCACUUGAAGGCAGGUAUUGAAGACAUAUGUGGACAUUGGAGUCAUUAUCAGCUGAGAGAUAAAUUUAAGAAGUUUGACAAUAAGUAUUUGAAGAAAAUUUUAAUUCGGGAACACCAGCCCAAAUCCAGCCUUGUGUCGUUGUACAAAAAGAUGGAGAUAAAACUGGCCAUCGAGAUGGCUGAGAGUGGCAUGAAAAUUUCAAAACCAUCCACUACUUCUUUACAGAGCGGCAAGAAGCAGCGUGCACACAGGCUGUCCCCGGCAGAGGUGGAGGCCAUGCGGGACGUCCUGGCACACAACCUGUACCAAGUGCGGCAAAGGGCACCAGCAUACAACAGGCACAAUCUUCCUACUGAGACAAGUGAGAAACAAGUGCAAGAAAUUCUCAUCCGUCGGGAACACAGCCUGAGGCAAAGUUGCAGGAAGGGAAACAGCUUGCCUUGGGGUAGACCGGUUAAGACCACGGAAAUACGCUACCUCUCCUUGCCUCAGGGUCCACACCAGCCCACUAGAAGAAAAGCCAGGCAUGUUACUUUUACAGAUCAGCACAGGAGUGGCUCUGAUGCUGCACUGCCAUUGACAUCGAGGUCCCAGCCCCGACCACGGCCGCUGGAAGCACAGCAGCGCCAGGAGCUGAUUCCAAUGGCACACCUGGACAGACGAGCUGCUCCAUCCAACCUGCCAGCUCGCAGAGGAAAUUCAAUCAGGCCUCAUCAUUUCACCAGAGCACACAAUCCAGCUCCACUGCCAAGGGCUCACUUCACUGUCAGAGAGGUGGAGGAGUAUGAGUCAGAAGAAGAGACAGAAACAAUGGCACCAGCCAGGCCAUUAGUUAUAUGA